GGCACACAUAAAGAGAUCUUUUAGGCCAUCCAUCAUCUCGCUAAAAAUAACCGCCCUAGACUUCUCACUACACAAGCCGCGAGAGUCAUAACGGUCUGUCUGACCAUACAAAGCUUAACACAGUGACGAAGGACGUCUAAGUCCAUUUAUCUCAUACCUCACAACUCGCGCGCAGUCCACCCUGCUCACAUCUGGUCUCCCCCGUUGCAAACACGCAACCAUGACAACAACCCGCCCAGCACCCACGACAACCUACACCUACUACGAAACAACGUAUACAAAUCUCUCACCCAUCACACUCUCCUCCUACCCUACGACCUACACCGACACAACAUGGCUUCCACCCAUUACCGCUGACACUCUGUGCGCCUCCGCAACCGCCUAUCCCAGCAUCGAAGGACCACUGGGCCUCAAAGCCGGAUGCGUGAUCAGCAAUGCCGCGGAGAUCAAUCCCAACGCAUUUUGGGACGUCUACGACUGCUGUCCCGGACACGAUCUUUCCUCCUACGGGUACAGCUCCAGAGGCGACGAGGAGUCGAGUCCAGGGAUAUGCAUGAUGCAGUGCAUCAUCAACGACGACACGACAACGUGGCAGCAAGUCGGCGAAUGUCUGCAGAAGCGCGUCAAGGAGGUCGUUUGUGCGCCAAAGUAUGAGGAGCGCGACCAUAAUGCUACGUAUCCCGGGGCUGAAGAGAGUUCGCUGGCAAGUGUCACUGUGUCGACUACGCAACCAGGAGGAGCAGGGGAUGCAUCGAGGAGUGCGAGUGCAGCUGGAUCCACGGGUGCGGCUGCGAUACAUGAUGCUGUGCAUGCCAGUACUUCAAGGCUUGGACUCUUCGCGUUCUCGGUGCUUGCGGUGGCUUCAGCUGUAGGGAUAUUUUUGUGA